AUGGCGCCAAUUCUCACCUCUAACCCGACCCUCACAUUAACCCCUCAACCUCUUACACCGACCAACUUCGCACCAUUCGGCACGGCAAUCUGCUCUCCCAUCCCACGAGAUCUCAAUGUCGCUCCUAAGCCCUCCAAUCUCCCCCCGCAUAACCCAGCACCUGUCCUGGCAAACCAAAAUUCUGCGUUGAAAUACAGCCCCGUCUCCCCAAUGCUCGAUCGCUAUACAAGUAGUCCAACUGGGACGGCCAGCUCGGCACGCAUGACAAUGUUCUGCUGUUUCCCGCGCCAAUUGCGUACAAUCACCCAGGGUCGCAGCUCUGAGACGGAGGUAUUUGAUGUACGGAUACUGGAGCGCCACCCAUUCACCAACCAGACUUUCAUUCCCGUCGAUCUGUCAAGCCACUCGAAGGUUGGUGAUGGAGAGGAUGAACCUAGCUUCCUAGUUGUCGUUGCGCCUACUUUGAAGGGUGAGGUUGCUAUGGCGAAGAACUCCGAGGGCGAAAUCGUUACUAUUCGAGAUCCACCAGAUCUCAAGAAUAUCAAGGCAUUCAUUGCACACGGCGGGCAAGCUGUCACAUAUGGUGUUGGGACUUGGCAUGCGCCCAUGGUGGUUUUAGGUCGUCGACGCGUGGAUUUUGUUGUCGUGCAACAUGUGAAUGGAGUUGAUGAUGAGGAUUGCCAGGAGGCUGCAUUCGGGGAGGGCGUUACAGUGAAUCUAGGUGGAAAGGGAGAACAUGGACGAAAAGCGAACGAUCCACCUAAGCUGUGGACAGCAAAGCUCUAG